GUUUAACAAAAAAGAACAGAACGCGUGGAAACUCACUGCUCGCUAUACGCCUUGAAGAGGUCUCGACGUGCCUUAAAUGCUGGGUGAAGGGGUCUGACCUCCCCCCCACCGCCCUUUUCGCGUUUCUCUUGAAUACCUUUACGACACUUUCGCUACCCAAAAUAUCCUUAAUCUCGGGGUCUCCGUUUUCUUAGACGUGUAGCACUUUACUUUCAAUGGUGUUGAUUGUUGAACAAUAUGUCGGCAUUCUUUUCUUUUUCGUGCAGUUACGGACGGACUUGCCCAGUUGAACAUAUUUAUACAUGGAUUCUGUUUUACAAACGGGGUUGAAUUUGGAGCUUUAUGGUGACUAUCAUCGAUCCAUUGCAUCAACAUUGCAUCACCAGGCCCGUAAUACUCUCCACUUCCUCUCUCAGUUUGAGAUCGACUUGCUUGCAUACAUUGUGUGCUUCACAUGUGGGCGUUGGUCGGCGCGCUAGGAAAUCACGAAUCCACAAUCGGGUGGAAUUAUUUUUCGAAUUACAUGAGAGGGGCAUGGCUAAGUUGUUGAAGCAGGGGGAGUUUGGCUUCUUUCUCCCACCUGCUCGCUUGCCUUCGCGCUUGUGCUCGGUGUCACUGUUACCUCUGGUUAUUGCGCGGUUAUUGCUUUCCCGCUUCUCUCUUUACUGCUCUUUGUGUCCUCAGCUAUUGUUCCACCUCGCUUGCGCUUCUCUCUCUCUUUUGUCUAAGAAUCCCAACGGACAUUUGGCUCUCGAAUCAUCCGUCGCAGCUGAAACGCUCCGAAUGCUCGACGAUGUCGUCCGUCAAUUCACUGCAGAAACCCUCUCCCUCUCAAGGGCAUCUGCCCUUGUCAAUGCAAUCAUCGCGGAUGAAACCUCAUUCACAGAAAGCCAAGCAGAUCAAACCCGUCAACGCUACGGGGACGAACUUGAACAAAUUACCAACGCCCGCCUUUGUGCUACAGCCAAAGGAGAACGCCGCCUUGGAGGAACUCGAGAAACAACCGAAAUCGCUUCUGGACCGGAUGGGGCUCAGCAACUUGAUGCUCCUCUGCCUCGGCCUACCGCUCAGCCCGAGCGUGAUGCAGAUACGGGACCAGGCAUCGUGGCCUUUGGCAAGGAUCCAGCUGUCCAGUUCAAACGUGUCGCUGACGAGGAGGACGACCACCGGGCCGAGUACGCAUGGAACUGGGGUUUUGGAAAUGGGGGACCACCUUGGAGCCAGACAGCAGCCGGAACGCUCAACGACGCUCAAAAAACGCAAGCGCUUAGGAACGUUUACGACGCAAACAUCAAACGCGCUGUGCGAAGUCUCUUCAAACGAGGAGGAAUGCCGGAAUUUCCCCCACAUCUUUGGGAAGACAUCCUCGCCAACCACCUCAUCAACUUCGAACACCUUAUUGACCACGACCGAUUCCACUCGCUACGAUACGACGAUGCAGUCGAGAUCUUUUCGACGAAGUUGUCAACGGACGGACAGUGGUUGCAGGCGUGGGUUUUGUACGCCGAGGCCGUCGUGUGGGCCUUCCCACAUCGAAACGCAGAGCUUCAAAUCUACCGCAGGCAUAUUGUCCGACGCUUCAAUGCCACCGGAGCAGCGCUUACCCUCAAAUACGACCAAGCAGCUCGAAAGUUCCUCCAUACCAGCCCACACCUCUCCUUCGCUAACACCGGUGAAUUGCAAGAGGUCCUUCACGACGUCUAUUUGCGAGGAAACACCGAUGCACGCUCGAAUUUCAGUGGAGGAUCCGGUGAGCGAAGCUCGUCUGCGAUCGCAGGAAAGAAGCGAAAGCGCGGGAUGGGAGAUUAUCCUAUUUGUCGAGAAUUCAACCGAACGGAUGGAUGUCGUCGAGCCGAGUGCCGAUACUUGCACAAGUGCAGCACUUGCGGCACAAGUACUCACGGGGAAGCUAAGUGCUCUAAAACGAAAGAGAAAGCCUGAUAUCGGCCCCUCAGAGCAUGGUGCGGAAAGUAAGCGACUGCGAUACAUGCGGUUCAUCUUUGGGGAGCAUCUACACUGUUGGUAACAUAUACCGAAAGUGCAAACCCGACGUCCCUUCAAGUUCAUCGAUAUCACUGCAACGAUUAAGUCCAACCCGAGCUUGUUCAAAAUCGUUUCCCCAAUUAAGGUUGAUCGUUUGGAGACCCUUCUUUCCUCACAUCCCAAUCGUGCACUAGUUAAUUCUAUUUUUUCGGGCUUCCGCAACGGUUUCUGGCCCUUCGCCGACCUCGAAGACCCUGAGU